AUGAACCAGCCCAAAAGGAACCGAGCAGGUAGAACGGACGAAUGGGAGAUUGCUGCAACAAGAGGCCACCAAGCCCACGUGUUGUUUGGCCUCAGGCAGCAGGGGAGGUUCAUAACGAACUUUGCCUUGGACUUCCUGGCUUCAGCGCGGUCCUCGGGGUUCAACGAAGCUGAACCUUGCUGGAAUCCUGAGUGGUCCAGAGAGCAAUCCAGAGUGCAUUUUCCCACGGGGCUAGUCUCGAUUCCAGAGGGCCGUACCCUUCAGAUUGGGAUCGUGGGUCUCUCCCCACACCCUUCUCCCUCUCCCCCAUCCACCAGUCUCCAAAGACGGCGUCAACGGAGGGAGUCGUGGGACUCCCCGUCUGACUCCUCGAACACGGAGCUAACCGUGUCUUCCACCGAUUCUCUGCAGCCGGCCAUACCCCCUGUGAGCAGAUCCAGGAGAAAGAAACUCCGGAGGGCGGCUCGAGUCCUGGGGGACCCAGUUCCGGAGGUCCCGAGUCCGGAGGUCCCGAGUCCGGAGGUCCCGAGUCCGGAGGUCCCGAGUCCGGAGGUCCCGAGUCCGGAGGUCCCGAGUCCGGAGGUCCCGAGUCCGGAGGUCCCGAGUCCGGAGGUGGUGUCAAACCCCAAAUAUUUUUUGGGGGGGCGCCAUGGGGAUGUGACGGUCCGAGUGGCCAGUCCGGCCGCAGAUUCUCUCCAGCAACCGGCACCAAGCCCGGUCCAGCAACCGGCACCAAGCCCGGUCCAGCAACCGGCAUCAAGCCCGGUCCAGCAACCGGCACCGAACGCUGCCCAGCCAGUUUUCCAGCCGCGUCAUGCGUCAUGCCCAGGGCGUCAUGCCCUGUCCAGCCGGAAUCCAGUUCGGCGUCAUGCCCUGUCCAGCCGAAAUCCAGUCCGGCGUCAAGCCCUGUCCAGCCGGAAUCCAGUCCGGCGUCAAGCACUGUCCAGCCGGAAUCCACUCCGGCGUCAAGCACUGUCCAGCCGGAAUCCAGUCCGGCGUCCAGCCCUGUCCACCCGGAAUCCAGUCCGCCGUCAAGCCCCGUCCAGCCGGAAUCCAGUCCUCAAACACUUCUUGAGUCAUGAGACAGCACAUAUAGUCCUAUAGAUUUUCAAAUCUUUCUCACUUUCCUGAAACAAUACAAUCACACAUACACAACCUCCUCAAUAGUAGAGUGUGUGUUAACAGUAGAAGUUUUCAAACAUGAUGAGAAGUCUUUUUUCACAGUCAUAUUUGACCUAGCAGGAAGAGAGAGCCUAAGCAUUCAUUAGAGACUUAAAUCAUGAAUUAUUCUCUACUUUCUGUAUCAGAAUAGGUUGGUGUUAAUCAUGCUUAAAUCAUCAAUUAAAUAAAGAUAAUGAUGAAUAAUGAUUGAUUAAUAUAUUUUAAAAACACAAAUAGUGUUGUGUGACGAGUGCUUCCCUGAUGGGCCACAUCUGCCUCUUUGCCCCACCACGGACAUGCCAGAACAUAAAAUUUCUUUCCAAGGGUCGUCGACCUAAGUGUGCCGUGGCAUUUGCCAUUGGUUAUCUGAUUUUUCAACCAUUUUAAUAAUAAUAAUACUACAUUUUAUUUUUAAGGUGUCUCUCAGGGCACUCAAGGACACAGUACAAUAAAAUAAUGAAAUUAAAACAUGGUGAAGAAGACAACAACAAAACCAAAAGUAUAACAAUUAAACAGUAAACUAUUUAAAACAAAUAGGUUUAAAGACGUCAUUUAUAAGUAAUAUGGCAGUCACAUUCUCUCAUAGAUUGUCGAAGAGAAUUCCAAAGAUAAGGAACAGCAUAACUCAAUGCCCUUGAUCGCAUAGUGGCUAAACGAAUAGAAGGUACAACGAGGGAAACAGAUGAAGAAGAUCUGAGAUUACGCUUCGGGGUAUAGAUAUGGAGCAAAUCACGAAGAUGUGGUGGCGCAGUGUUAUGAACAGGAACCCAGAGAAGAUGGUGAAGAACAGGAGUGAUAUAACCCUGGGAAGAGCAGUACGGAUAUUUACGGCUCCUAAGCUGGAGGUGAGAAGUCUCUCUGGCUCACCUAUAACUUAACAUCUGAGGCUAACCAGAGAAACUUCUCUGACAAAUACGAACGUAAGUGAUUAAACUGUCCUUUUCUAUAAAUGUAUCUAAAUGUCUAGGUUAUGUGUUGGCGCUUUAACCAUUUUAAAUAGUCUGUAACUGUUAGAUAUACAAGUUUAAUUCAGGCUUUGUUUGUAUUCGUACAUCCGAAUGAAUCAUGACUUGAUGCAAUUUAAACCUGUCCAUUUUUUAUAUCUAAAUGUUUCUCUUUACAAUUCCUCAUUGUUUAUAUAUAUUGUGUGACCAUAGAAUACCUUACACUUCUUAUGUAAUUAUUUGGACUGAUAUUUUGUAAAGUUGCUAGGAGGUCAUAAAGAUGCAAAUUAGCUGUUGAGUGGACAAAGAACCUCUUCACUGCUCAACUCAGAUUGGUUGAUUGAAACUCGGAGGGCGGUGAGGGAGGUGGAGUAAUUUCUCUCUAUCUGGAGAAGGAAAAAUGGACUUCUCGAUGAAUCACACGGUCACGAGGCCUUCAACUUUCAGAAGGACCAUAUUCUUUGGACCAUAUUCUUUGGGUAUUGAGCUUUCCCACACUCCAAGCGCAUAUGGAUAUUGGUCCAGCACAGAGCUUGCAAGUAUCCAUUCUAUUUAUAGAAUAGCUGCGUUAAGUUUGUACCUCUUUGUUAAAGAUUAUUUUUAAAGAUGUUCAGAAAUUUCUGCCAUGCCCAUGCCCAUGCUCUCUCUCUCUCUCAUGCUGGGAGUGAGUGGGCGGAGCAUGGUGAGUGUGCUUUUUUCAAACUUUUUUCCUUGUAAGUGUUAUAUUUGUGUUUUUCUUUAUUUGAGGUAUUUAGUAUUUUCUUGUGAGGAUAGUCUGCUUCCAGCAUUUUUGAUGGGAAGCAUGGCGACUCCAAACACAAUGGCUUUUGAAAAUUUAAAUCUCGGCUUCAUGGAGUAAAAAUUGAUUCAAACGCUAACGUGGAAGAUGUUUGUUUGGCUGUAGGAGAUGUUGUGGGUCAUGAAAACAUUGUGUCCGCCUCGCGAAUGAAUGCGUUUGUGUUUUUUUUUAGAACUUUUGAGAAGGCGAAUAAAAUAGUACAAAAUGGUGUCGUAAUUAAAGGUUCACUCACGCCGGUGUUUCCUCUGAGUACUCCCGCCAAGAAAAUAAUGAUUUCAAAUGUCCCUCCUUUUGUGAAAGACGAGAUAAUGGUGCAGGAAUUGUCAAGAUAUGGAAAGAUAGUUUCCCCCAUCAAAAAAAUUCUGCUUGGAUGUAAAUCACCUUUAGUUUAACAUCUCGUGUCUUUUAGGAGACAGGUGUUUAUGAUUCUGAAGGAUGGCGAGGAUGAACUUAACUUGGUCUUUAAAUUUAAAAUAGAUUCCUUUGAUUAUGUUGUCUUCGCAUCAUCUGAUACUACGAUCAAAUAUUUUGGUUGUGGGAAGAUUGGGCAUCUUAGUCGUAACUGCCCUGAUAAAGUGAAUAAGAACGCAGAACAGAUUAAAGCAGAUCAAGCGGGGAGCGCGAGCGCUGUGGCUGAAACUGCUGUACCCGCGGCCGCGUUGCUGGAGGCCGAAAGCCGUGUAGCUGCGGGUAACGCGCCGCUAGACGAGCCGCUCACGGGGGUGAACAGCGCAGGGACACCAGGGUCUGGUUUUCCUGUGGAUGAUGGAGGGGUUGUGGAAGAGUCUGUGGCGGUAGAGAACGCGGUUGGGUUGAGCAGGACAGUAUUUUCUGCUUUUGUAGAACAAGAUAGAGACACUGUAAAGGAAGACUUGAGAUUGAAUGACUGUGAAUUGGAAAUUGAAUCAGCUUUCAAAACUCCCAAUUAAAAGAAAAAAGAAUCGAAACGAUAAAACCAGUAAACAAGUCAAAAAAGGUGACGCUGAAGAGGUAAUCUUAGCUUCGGAUGACGAUGAUUCUGAUUCUAGCGCUUCUGUGUGUUCAGAGUUUUCUGCUUGUUCUCAAAAUGAAACCAUAAAUGUUUUGUAUAAAGCCGAAGACAUUUGUGUUUUUCUGCAGGAAACUAAAGGGCUAAAAGGUGUGCAGAUUGAGGAUUAUUUUUCUAAUCGUGCACAGUUCGUGAAGGACACCAGAUAUUUGAUGAAAGAAGGGGCUGAUCUCGAGGUGUACCGUUUACGGAAAUUUGUAAACAAGUUAAAAAAACAAAUUCAUAGAGAUGAGAAGAAUGCAAUGGUUUAAAUCCUUAUUUUAGUUUUUUUUACCAUAUGCACAAUCUCUGUUUUUUCCCAUCUUUGUUUCUUGUUGAACUUAAAUAAAACUAUGAGUCAACUAAAAAUUGGAACUUUAAAUUUAAAUGGAGCUAGAGAAGUUCGUAAAAGGAUGAUGUUCUGUUUGAGUGUAUACAGCCGAAGUCUGUUGAUGUCAUGUUUAUACAAGAAACGCAUAGUGAUCAAAGAAAUGAGGUAGACUGGAAAAGAGAUUGGGGAGGUCAACUUUUUUUUAGUCAUAAAUCCUCUAUUAGGAUCACAGAUCUAAAGUUAAGACGGACUGCUCCUGUAAGGGACUGACACCUGUUGCACACCUGAUUGCAAGGCUGCCGGCGGCUAGUUUGUAUCCUCUGACACUUGCUUCACAUCACAUUUGUUCCUGGUCUAAAUAUUAGUGUAUUUUACUAUAGUUACCUAUCAUUGUCGUUGCCGAAUUAUUUAUAACUUUAUUUUCUAAAUCUAUAUUAAUUGAAGCGUAACGCCGCUAGCAUAUUAGCGUGUUAGCUUGCCUUCUGUUUACAGUGUGGAAUAUCAUCUCCCCCUAUUUGUCUUGUGUGCUAACUGUUUCUCUUUUUAAGCGUAUAUACUAAGACUCAUCAAGCAACCUUGGUAAGUUAGGAUUGCACUUCAUACCCGGUGAGUUAUGGCUUCUAUUCCUAUUGUUGUUACUUGCACCUCAUGUCAUAUGUUUAGUUUAGCCUUCUCUGUCAGCGGCGAGGGUUUUACAUGUGAUAAAUGCAGGGAAGUAGUUAGGCUGACGGAGAAGAUCUUAGAAUUAGAGUCUCGCAUCCAAUCUAUAUUUGAGGAUAGUAAGAGUGUUAGGACUGUAGAAAACUCUUCGGAUGCGAGCAAUGUUAGCGCACACAGCUCGGUUCCGGUUGAAAAUCCCCUGCAGCUGGGAAACUUUGUGACGGUGAGACGGCAUAGUCGCAGGACAAAACAUCACUCAACCGUUCCGAUUAAAGUCUCGAACAGGUUUGCCCUGCUCAGUGACGCACCGACUGAGAAACCUGCUGAAAGUGCCCUAGUGAUCGGUGAUUCUAUUGUCCGGAACGUUAACAUAGAGACACCAGCCACCAUAGUCAAAUGUUUACCGGGAGCCAGAGCGCCUGACAUCAAAUCAAAUUUAAAUGUGCUGGCUAAGGCUAAUCGUAAAUACAGUAAGAUUGUUAUUCAUGUCGGCACAAAUGAUGUUAGACUCCGUCAAUCGGAGAUCACUAAAGAUAAUAUUAAAGAGGUGUGUGAGCUCGCAAAAACGAUGUCAGACACUGUAAUAUUCUCUGGCCCCCUUACUGCUUACCGUGGUGAUGAGAUUUAUAGCAGAUUAUCAUCACUAAAUGGCUGGUUGUCUGAGUGGUGCCUGCAGAAUAACAUAGAUUUUAUAAAUAACUGGAAGAGUUUUGAGGGCAGACCUGACCUGUUGAAACGAGAUGGUCUCCAUCCCUCCUGGGAUGGGGUUUCCCUCCUCUCUAGAAAUUUGGCACACAGUCUUAAUAAUGCUAAAGUCUGACUACCUAGGGCCCAGGUCAGGAAGGAGACAGAAUGGCUUAACCAACUGUCUGCUUGCCGUCUCGCGUUACAGAAUACACAAAAUAUACAACAUGUAAUAAUCCCUUCUUACAAACAACAUAAAAUAGAGACUGUGUCUGUCCCCCGGAUUAGCAAACAUAAGAUAUUGCGUAAACCUCUUGAAAGUAAUUUAAUAAACGUUAAACAAAUCAAACAUGAACAAAAUACAGAUAAUCAGCUGUUACGACUCGGAUUGCUUAAUAUUAGAUCUCUCUCAAAUAAAGCACUUUUUGUUAACGAUUUGAUAACCGAUCAUAAAAUAGACAUGCUUUGUUUGACAGAAACAUGGCUAAAGCCAGAUGAUUUUAUUACUCUAAAUGAAUCCGUUCCCCAUGAUUAUUACUAUAAACACGAGCCUCGUCUAAAAGGUAGAGGGGGAGGUGUCGCUGCACUUUACAAGAAUUCUUUUAUUACCUCUCAGAAGUCUAAUUUUAAAUACAAUUCUUUUGAAGUCAUGGUACUUCACGUAUCGACACCUAAUACUAAGGACAAAACAUUUUUAAAAUGUAUUCUAGCUAUUGUAUAUAGGCCUCCAGGGCACCACACAGAUUUUAUUAAAGAUUUUGGUGGGUUCUUAUCAGAACUAGUACUGGCCGCAGAUAGAGUCCUUGUCGUCGGUGACUUUAAUAUCCAUGUAGACAAUGAUACAGAUGCCUUGGGACUGGCUUUCAAAGACACUCUUAACUCCAUGGGCGUUAGUCAACAUGUGUCAGGACCCACUCACCUUCGUAAUCAUACUUUAGAUUUAAUACUUUCUUAUGGUAUAAAUGUGGACGAUGUUAAAAUCGUUCAGCAGAGUGAAGAUAUUUCGGAUCAUUAUCUGAUAUUAUGUUUGCUUCAAUGGCCUACGGCUGCAAAUCAAACUCCUUGCUACAAAUAUGGUAGAACGAUUACUUCAACUUCAACCAAAGAUGCGUUUCUCGAUAAUCUGCCUGAAUUGUCUAAAAUAUCUAGCAUGAGUAAAAACGUUGACGAUUUUGACACUACUAUUGAAAAUUUUAACUCUACUUUCUCGGAAAUAUUAGACACAGUUGCUCCCCUGCGUUUAAAGAAAAUUAAAAAUAGCAGCCCAACACCGUGGUAUAAUGAACACACUCAGACUCUAAAAAAGCAUCCCGUAAAAUGGAGCGCAACUUUAAGAAAACGAAUUUAGAGGUAUUUCAUAUAGCAUGGAAGGAUAGUACUCGAAAUUACAGGAAUGCAAUAAAAACGUCUAGAUCCCCCUACUUUUCAACACUAAUAGAGGAAAACCAUCACAACCCUAGGUUCUUAUUUAACACCGUGGCUAAAUUAACAAAAAAUAAGUCGUCAUCGACGUCAGAUUCUGAUUAUCAGCAUAACAGUGAUGAAUUUAUGAACUACUUCACGAGUAAAAUCCAAGAUAUAAGAGAAAAAAUUAUAACAAUGCAACCUGUAGUGAAAUCCGCUGAACAAACUAACUACAGCACCCCUAAGGAGAAAUUGCAAUUAUUUUCUACAGUAGAUCACGAUGAACUGUCUAAAAUCAUUAGAUCAUCUAAAUCAUCAACAUGCAUGCUAGACCCUAUACCUACAAAACUACUGAAAGAAAUGCUCCCAGAAAUUAUAGAUCCUCUUCUUAGUAUUAUUAACUCAUCUCUGACAUUAGGACAUGUGCCUAAAGCAUUUAAGGUGGCUGUUAUAAGGCCCCUUUUAAAAAAAAAAAACUCGACCCUAAAGAACUAGGGAAUUACAGGCCUAUAUCGAAUUUACCUUUUAUAUCUAAAGUUCUGGAAAAAGUAGUUUCAACUCAAUUAUGCUCCUUCCUCCAAAGGAAUGACAUUAAUGAUGAAUUCCAGUCUGGAUUUCGAGCAUGUCACAGUACAGAGACUGCUUUGAUCAGAGUUACAAAUGAUCUGCUUUUAGCGUCUGACCGUGGCUGUAUUUCGUUAUUGGUGCUGCUAGACCUCAGUGCUGCAUUUGACACCAUUGACCACAGCAUACUUCUACAUAGACUCGAAAAUUACGUAGGCAUUAACGGAAUAGCAUUGAAAUGGUUUAAGUCUUAUUUAUCCGACCGUUUUCAAUUUGUAGCAAUAAACAAUGAGGUGUCCCGCAAAUCACAAUUCCAGUACGGUGUACCACAGGGCUCAGUCUUGGGACCCCUGCUCUUCGCAUUAUACAUGCUACCUCUAGGAGAUAUAAUAAAGCGACACGGAAUUAGCUUUCACUGUUAUGCUGAUGAUACUCAACUUUAUAUUUCCUCGAUGCCUCAUGAAACCCAGCAGUUUCAUCGAAUAAAGGAUUGCAUAGUUGACUUAAAAAUGUUGAUGAGUAACAAUUUUUUACUACUAAACUCGGACAAAACAGAAGUGUUACUUACUGGACCGAAAACUGCUAUGCGUAACAACCAAGAAUACUGCUUAACGAUUGACGGAUGCUCCAUAAAAUCCUCGUCAUCAGCUAAGAAUCUUGGCGUUGUAUUCGACAGUACUCUCUCAUUUGAAAGCCAUGUCGCAAACACCUGUAAAAUUGCAUUUUUCCAUUUUAAGAAUAUAUCUAAAUUACGUCAUAUGCUGUCAGUGUCAGAUGCAGAGAAAUUAAUUCAUGCAUUCAUGACAUCAAGACUAGAUUACUGUAAUGCACUUCUAGGUGGUUGCCCUGCGGGCCUAUUACAAAAACUGCAACUGGUUCAAAACGCGGCAGCUCGAGUUCUUACUCGUACAAAAAAGUAUGAGCAUAUAACCCCGGUUCUGUUGCACUGGUUACCUAUAAAGCAUCGCAUUAACUUUAAGAUCUUGCUUAUUACCUAUAAAGCCCUACAUGGUCUAGCGCCGCAGUAUUUGAAUGAACUUCUAUUGUAUUACAGACCUCCACGUACAUUACGCUCUAAGGGGUCCUGUCAGUUGGUAAUACCUAGAAUUUCAAAAUCAAGUGCAGGUGGUAGAUCCUUUUCUUAUCUAGCGCCUAAACUUUGGAAUAUUCUUCCCUGCACGGUCCGGGAGGCAGACACACUCUGUCAGUUUAAAUCUAGACUAAAGACUCAUCUUUUUAAUCUUGCAUACACUACACCUCCAUAAUAUUAAUCCUCAGAGGAUUUAGGCUGCAUUAUUUAGAUCAACCGGAACCAGGAACACAUCCAACAACAAAUGAUGUACUUGUUGCAUCAAAGAGUGCAGAACAGUACUCUACUCUCAGCCAGUCUUGUCUCUUUGUUCCAAGGUUACCGCAGGAUGCAGUUCAUGCCCAGACCUGAUGGCAGAGCUGAGAAUGGGAAGGGGUGACCUGACAAGUGCUAAGAGGAUAGAGCUGGAUAAAGGACGCGACAACUUUGUUUUUCCUACAACAUUUCAAAUGCUAUUAGAUUGUUAAUGAUAAUCUUUAAUCCUUAAUUUUUAUAUUUUUACUAAGCCUUGUUGUGCAAGCACUGUUGAGCUUGUGCAGAGGCAGCAGCUUUUGCCAGAGGGGAACUGGAAUCCCGUGGUUGGGCCUGGGUUCCCCUGAGGUUUUUUUUCUCGAUGGGAGUUUUGGGUUCCUCACCACCGUUUGCAUAUUGUUUUGCACUAUCUGCCUGGCCGG